UUCAGUCGGUGAAGGGAGGAGCUGCUGGAGGAGUUUCUUCACACUCACUGCAGAUCUUCACUAAACUACUUCACUUCAGACCGACAGCUUCACUGGCUUUAUGAACAAUUCAAGGUUUACUAUCACAGUUCUGUUGUGAAGCUGCCUUGCAAACUGCUGAAGAAAUGAUCAUUUACAUUUAUUUGUUUUCAUGGAGUCUGGCUGGUGUGUUUGGAGUUGAUGAAGUGAAGUACGUGUCAGUGACAGAGGGAGAAACAGUGCGUCUAAACUCUGAUCUUACUGAAAUACAGAGAGACGAGGAGAUAACGUGGAAAUUUAACAACAUUAUGAUAGCUAAACUCAAUGUGAAGGACAAUAAGAGCAGGUUUUAUAAUGAUAGUGCUGAAGGGAGAUUCAGAGACAGACUGAAGCUGGAUCAGACUGGAUCUCUGAUCAUCACAAACACCAGAAUCACAGACUCUGGAGAAUAUAAAGUCACCGGAAAAAGCUCAAAGAUCCCACUCAACAUCUUCAGUCUCACUGUCUACACUCCUGUGCCUGUUCCUGUCAUCACCAGAGACUCUUCUCAAAAUUCAUCAUCAUCAUCAAAUUGUUCAUUUCUGUGUUCAGUGGUGAAUGUGAGUGAUGUGACUCUCUCCUGGUACAGAGGAAACAGUUUAUUGUCCAGCAUCAGUGUGUCUGAUCUCAGCAGAAGUCUUUCUUUACAUCUGGAGUGUCUGGAUGAUUUCUACAGCUGUGUGGUGAACAAUCCCAUCAGAAACCAGACUCAACACCUCAACACUGAACUCUGUCAGACAUGUUCAGUUCAGACGGGUGAUAGAGAGAUCACUUCUGCUGAUCCAACAUUUUACAAAAAGACAUAAAUCGAGAGAUACAGAGCAGGAUAAUGUGGUGUAAGCAGGAGUCUCAAGACGUUGAUCAACUCUUGAACAAAAUGUGAUUCUGUUUUUGAUUACUAACUUUAUUCCAAACACAGAGACAGGAGACAGUAUCCCAUGUUCUUUGUGAAUAG